UGGGGUAUAUAUUCUUUAGCUGAUUCUUUGCACAAUCUGGGAACUUGAAAAUAAUCCAAAUGAGAACAUGCCUGUAAUUUUAAUGACAAAUCAGAGUGGAGGUCACAACUUUAACAGUCAGUGGGAGGACACAGAGAAUCCUGUUCAAACCCUGGCAAGAAAUGAGGAAAGAUUUGUUAAGUUUUGUGGUUUGAUAUUUGUUAGUUUUUUUUUUAAGCUUUGCUCAAGUUUCUAGUAGGUGGGACAUUUAAGUGGACUUUAUUCAGGCAGUAUUUUUUCAACCUUUGCUUGAAACAAGAUCUCACUUGGAGUAGUCAGAAGAGAAGAGAAGAGAACAUUACACAGUAUUAGCAAUAUCUAGCUCCUAAAUGUAUCUUGCUUCCAGGUCCAAAAAAUGAGAUUUCCCGUAAAGAUUGUUUUACUUCUAUUAUGGACUAUCUGUGCUGCACAAGACUGUAAUGAAGCUCCUCCAAGAAAACCUACAGAAAUUCUAACAGGGACAUGGUCUGAGUCAGUGUAUCGAGAAGGCACACGUGCUACUUACAAAUGUCGACCUGGAUAUAGAACACUUGGAAGUAUUGUGCUGGAAUGUAAGAAUGGAAAAUGGGAGUCUCUUUACCCAUCUAGAGUAUGUAUGAGAAAGCCCUGUGGUCAUCCUGGAGAUAUUCAAUUUGGGUCUUUUGAACUUUUGGAAGACACUGAGUUUUUAUUUGGAUCACGAGUUGUUUAUAAAUGUGAUGAAGGAUAUCAGUUGGUAAGUGAAGUUAAUUUCCGUGUAUGUGAAGCAGAUGGAUGGAGUAAUGAUGUCCCUUUUUGUGAAGUGAUUAAGUGUUCACCAGUGACAGCACCACAAAAUGGAAGAAUCACCACAAGUUCAAUUGAUCCAGAUCAGGAAUUUACUUUUGGCCAAGUAGUACAGUUUGAAUGUAACCCAGGCUUUAAGCUUAAGGGGCCUAGAGAAAUACACUGCUCAACAGGUGGUGAUUGGAAUGAACAAGAACCUCAAUGUGUGGAAAUUUCCUGUGAAGUACCACACAUUGAGAAUGGGCAACUUUUAGUUGUGAAAUCAAUUUACAAGGAGAAUGAACGGCUACAAUAUAAAUGUUACCCAGGUUUUGCAUACAAUGAACGAGGAGAUGCCAUUUGCACUAAAUAUGGUUGGACUCCAGAUAUAUCAUGUAGAGAAAUCACAUGUGAUCCCCCACGCCUGGCUAAUGGGAAUGUAUAUCCUCAGGCAAAUAAGUAUAUAGGAGAUGAAGAAAUUUCAUACCAAUGCAACAAAGGUUAUUACCCACCACUUACGGGAAACAAGGCAAAAUGUACCCCUGAAGGCUGGUUACCUAUUCCUAGAUGUAACUUGAGACCUUGUGAUUUUCCAGAAAUUGAAAAUGGAACACUUUAUAUAAAUCGCUAUAGUGAGGAAUACCAGCGAAGUUUGUUCCCAGCACCCAUUGGAAAAGAAAUGCACUACCACUGUAAUGAAAAUUAUGUAUCUGCUUAUGGAUCUGCCUCAUCCUAUUGGACAAAAUUUAUAUGUACUGCAGGAGGAUGGUCUCCAGUUCCAAAAUGUCUUAGAGAGUGCUCUCUUUAUUCAAUACAAAAUGGUCAUUUUUGGCCAACUAAAGGUCAUUAUAAGGAAGGUGAAGAAAUAACAGUUCAAUGUAGUAAAGGCUUCAGUCUUCCAAAUAAUGAAGACAAAAUUACCUGUACCAAAGAUGGCUGGUCUACUGAUACAAUUUGCAAAAGGAUCAAAACAUGCACACACAAAAAUUAUUUUGAAAAUGGAUAUUUUUCUGAAUCAAGUCUAUAUUACUAUGCCAAUACAACAGCAAAAUAUUACUGUAAAGAAGGAUAUGCAACAACAGAUGGAAAAAAAGAAGGUUUUGUCACAUGUGGACAACGAGGAUGGUUGAAUCAACCAAAGUGUAUCAAAAUUUGUGAUAUUCCACAAUUUGAAAAUGCCAGAUACAAAGGAAAUAAGACAUUUCUGAAGCCUAAGGAAAGAUUAGAAUAUGAAUGUGUGGAUGGAUAUGAAAUGACAAAUGGGCAAACUAGAGGUUUCAAAACAUGUGAUAAUGAUGAGUGGCCUACAGUGGUUGAAUGCUAUGAAAAAGCAUGUCAUCUCCCUAUUCUACAUGGAAAUUUACAUACUGAUCUCAGGAAAGACAAAUAUAAAGUUGGAGAUGUGUUGACAUUUCGAUGUACCAAUGGAUUCAAACUAGUUGGACCACUUUCAGUGCAGUGUUACCACUUUGGAUGGUCCCCCAGUAUUCCUACAUGUAAACAGAAAGUAAAAUGUUGUGAUCGGCCACCUGAAAUUUUGAAUGGGGUACCUAAGGAUUCAAACAAGAAGGAAUAUUGUCAUAAUGAUGUUGUCAAGUAUAAUUGUGAUCUUGGAUUUGUAAGGAGAGGACCCAAGAAAAUACAGUGCAAUGAUGGAGAAUGGACAACCUUACCUACUUGCAUUGAGGAAAAAAGAAGAUGUGCAGAAGUACCUGAACUUGUCCACGGUUAUAUUCAGACAACUAACCUGUCCUAUUCCCAUGGGGCUUCUGUGGAAUGUGGCUGUGAAGAGAGCUAUUUAAUGAUUGGAAGCAAGAUAGUUAGAUGUAGUCAUGGAAAUUGGACACAACUCCCUACAUGCUUUGAAACAUAUCAACUUGGAAGAUGUCCAUCAAAAUUUUUUGAAAAUUUGCAAGUCAAUCUAUACCAAAAUGGAAGUGGUGAUAUUUUUGUUAAUUAUACAUGUAACUUGAAUUCAGAAUUCAAAAGAACACAAUGUUUAAAUGGAAAAUGGCUUCCUGAACCAAAAUGUCCAAAAAGGAAAUCAUGUGCACCUCCACCUCAAAUACCUAAUGCUCAGAAUAUGACUACAACUGUGAACUACCAGGAUGGUGAAAAAAUAGGUGUUUUUUGUAAAGAAAAUUAUCUUCUUCGAGGACAAGAAGAGAUCAUGUGUAAAAAUGGACAGUGGAAUUCAUUACCACGUUGUAUUGAAAAACAGCCAUGUUCCAAACCACCUGCUAUUCAAUAUGGAAGCAUCAAGCCAGUGAGACAUUCAGAAGCAUAUGAUGACAAUUUGGAAUCCAGUACCUAUGCGCAUAAUAGUGUGGUAAACUACACAUGUCAAGAAGGUUUCACAAUGAAAGGAAAUGAGGAGAUAACAUGCAGUAUGGGAAAAUGGAGCUCACCUCCUCAGUGUGUUGGAAUUUCAUGUGGAAAACCACCACAAAUACAAAAUGGUGCUGUUCCUGAUAUGUUAAACUCUUAUGAAUUUGAAGAAGAAGUGACAUAUAAAUGUCUUGAAGGUUAUAAUAUUGAUGGGCCAGCAACUAUAAAAUGUAUUGGAGGAACUUGGACUAGUCCACCACAAUGUAAAGAUGUGAAAUGUGCAAUUCCACCCCAGUUUAAUAAUGCUGAUAAGAUCGGUAUUGCAAAACACAACUAUUUGCCAGGAGAGAAAGUGGCUUAUCAGUGUCUACCAAAUUUCCACUCCGAAGGCUCAACUGAAGUAACUUGUAUAGGAGGAGCCUGGAAAGGGGAUCCACAAUGCAAAGAUAACACUUGUGGACCUGCACCUCAAAUUGAAAAUGCUGAAAUUAUAAGUGACAUAAAAGCAAAAUAUCAGCCCGGUGACAUUGUGAGUUACAAGUGUGUUCGAUCUCUUAAAAUGUAUGGAAAGUCAUAUAUAAGGUGUGUAAAUAAGAGCUGGACAGAACUUCCUCAAUGCAAAGAGGAAGUAGGAAAAUGUGGACCACCUCCAUCUAUUAAUAAUGGAGAUACCAUCAACUUCCUGUCACCUGAAUAUGCUCCAGGAUCAACAGUGGAGUACAGAUGUCAACAAUUUUAUGUGCUACAGGGUUCCCCAAUUGUGACAUGCAGAAAUGGAUUAUGGACAAAGGAACCAACAUGCUUAGAGGCAUGCACAGCAUCAAAAGAAAUGAUGACAAAAAAUAAUAUAGAACUUAGAUGGAGAAAUGAAGACAAACUUUAUUCAAGAACAGGACAAGAGAUGGAAUUUACUUGUCGUUGGGGAUAUCGUUUAGCUCCAAGAUCACCUCCAUUAAGAGCAACAUGUGUAGAAGGGAAAAUCAAUUAUCCCAAAUGUAUAUACUAGAACUUUUUCACUAUGGUAUUCAGCUACAGAGAUUAUGAAGGAUGAUACUGUCAGCCAUGUCUUACCUCCGUUUGGAAAUGAUAACUAUGACAAAUGCCCAGCCACAAUCUGUACUAUUUGACCACUUUCUCCUUUGUGAUGAAUGCUUUGAUUUAGUUGUAUUCACACAGUCCAUAAUUCAUUCAAUUUACUUUUGACUUAAAAAUGUUCACUUUUUUAACUGCAAAAGCUAAACAAGGAAACAGUUAAGAGAAAGUCAAUAUGUAUCAAUAAAACCUACACUAUAAGAAAAUACUGAGUUAUUUAACUACCUGGGGUCAUCCCUUCUUCAUAUGCUCAGGGAGUAAAUGCCAGGCUGUUUGCUCUGUACCAAAUGGGAAAGAUGAGCAGUCUUCUGAGGAAGAGAAUUAUGCCUGAGCUUCUGAAAUCCCUUUGGUUACACUUAAAAUUCAAGUGCUCAUUGUAUCUAAAAAGGCCAGUGAUUUCUUUUAUCAUCUUUGAAAAUUGUUCUUGAUCUUCAAAAAAUCAUAGAGACCAAGAGAGGUGCUGCAGAAAAAGUCAACAUUAUCCCAGUUGUUUUUUUUUUUUAGUGGAAAGUGUUGGGUCUAAAAGAUAUAAGUUAGGAAAAUGUUCUUUCAUUCCCAGCAACAUAUGGGGGAGACAACACACAAAAGGAGGCAGAAAAGUGUUGGGGCAGGGGUUGGUGGGGGAGUGGAGGAGGAAACCAGAGGCUACCCAACAUGGGGAUAUCUUGUCCAGGAGAGCUUAAAGCUGGCAGAAGAGCAGAGGCAGAGUUGAAUGAGCAAAAAUUUAGUUUCUGCUCUAUCUAAAGAAGACAUUGGUUAGUUUCUUACUCCACCCUCCACCCUUCAAAUCAGAGGACAGAGGUCGCUGAAGGAGGCUGUGCCUGUCAAUGCUUGAAUUAGCAUAAUGGGGAGAAGACUGGGGGGAGAGCAAUGAACUUAACUUGGGAGGAGCAUUUUGUUAGAUGAAGUUGAAAUCUGGCAGAGAAGUAGAUAAAGAGUGGAGCUCUAGACAAAUGCAACCAAAAGUUGACAUUUUGGAAAGUAAUUACUAAAUGAGAACAGAAUGUAGUUUAUAUACCUCUUAUCUGUAAAUGAUACCAUUAUAAAAAUUAAGUAUAUGUUGUCAAAUACAUGAGAAAUUAAUUCCAAAGGACUAAUAGGUUAAAAUUAACAUGAUAAAAAUAAUACAAUCCUUCAUUGUAAAAUAGUAAUAAUGUGGUAACAAAGGAAACAUAGGAUAGAGCUAACAUGGCCUUAGGGGAAAUUUUAUAUUUCCUAAAUGUUUUAAUCCAAAAAAAGAGUACAAAUAAGAAACCAUCACAUUAGGCAUUCACUUAAAAAAAUACAACUACAACAAAUUUUAAAGCCCCAACUAAUCAAUAAAGUAGAAAUUGUUAAAAUCAACAAGAGUGUAAUAAAGUUGAUGAAAGGAAAAAAAAAUUUAAUUGAUGUGUAAACUGAGGAACACUUUUCCAAACUAAUCUGAUGUAUUUUUUUAAAGAGAGGAAAACCAAAUUGUUCAUAUCAAAAAUGAAAUAGAACAACUCACAAUUGAAGAAAAUUAAGACAAUUAAUAGAAACUGUUCCCCCAAAUAUAAGGUAAAACAGACUUUUAACUUAGAGGCAGUGGUUAAAUAUUUCUGGAAAAUAAAGUACACAAAUUAACAACAGAAAUAGAUUAUUGAAAUAAUCUACUAUCAGAAAAAAAAACUGAUCCAGCUAUAAGUGAACUUAAAAGAGUAGAGGUCCAUGAAGAAAAGAAUUAAAUAUGCAAAAAAGUAAACAAAUGUUCAAUGAAUGAUUAAUUUUUAUAUUAUGCAAAAUGCUUGUAUCGCUAAUAAAUGAUACAAAUAUGGUCUUGAUACCUAAACCAGGGCAAAGGCAAACAGAGAUAGAAAAUUUUGGACAAUUAUCUCUGAAGACCAUUUAUAUAAAACUUAAAUAAAAUAUUAAGAAAUAAGAAA